AUGAACGGCCACUUUGCUGCUGUCGGUGACGAGCCGGACGCUCAGAACUACGAGCAUGGCAUCCAAGUCAUUGACGACCAGAAAGACUUCAAUGUCGCGGUCAACCAGUAUUUGCAAAAAGUCCACGUCGCCGAGGCGGGGUUUAACUAUCACCUCAUCUCCGUCUUCGGAUCCCAGUCCACCGGCAAGUCGACGCUGCUGAACAACCUAUUUGGUACCGACUUCUCCGUCAUGUCAGAAACGAUGCGACAACAAACCACCAAGGGUAUUUGGAUGUCCAAGAACAAAAAGGAGUCGGCGGGCAUGGCGGAGAACAUCCUUGUCAUGGACGUUGAGGGUACCGACGGCCGCGAGCGCGGCGAGGAUCAAGAUUUCGAGAGGAAGAGCGCCCUGUUUGCCCUGGCUACGAGUGAGGUUCUCAUCGUCAACCUCUGGGAGACACAGGUCGGUCUGUACAACGGUGCCAACAUGGGUCUUCUGAAGACCGUCUUCGAGGUCAACCUGCAGCUCUUCCUCAAGGACAAGCAGUCGAGCCUCAGAUCCCUGCUCUUCUUCGUCAUUCGAGACCACCUUGGCACCACGCCCCUCGCGAACCUGCGCAACACUCUGAUCCAGGACCUGACCAAGAUCUGGACGUCCAUUUCCAAGCCCCAGGGCCUCGAGAACUCGCGCAUCGAGGACUACUUCGACUUCGCCUUCGCCGCCCUCCCCCACAAGAUCCUCCAAGCCGAUAAGUUCACGACGGAGAUCCAGAACCUGGGGAAGAGGUUCGUUGCGGGGCAUCGUUCGGGUGGAUCCACCAGUCAGGAGUUCGAGGGCGGUGUGUUCCUGCCAGAGUACCACCGCCGCAUCCCCGCAGAUGGAUUUUCGAUUUACGCCGAGGGCAUCUGGGACCAGAUUGUCAACAACAAGGAUCUCGAUCUGCCGACGCAGCAAGAGUUGCUUGCUCAGUUUCGUUGCGAUGAGAUUUCCCGCGAGGUGUUGAUCGGUUUCGACCAAGCCGUCGUGCCGUUGGAGGAGAAGCAGACCGAAUCCGCCCGAGCCGGGAAGCCUGCGGUUCUAUCAGAGCUUGGUGUUACUGGACGCGAAUCCCGCGAGAAGUGCUUGAAGGCUUUCGAAAUCCAAGCUAGCCGAUACCAUAAGGGUGUGUACACGCGCAAGCGCCAGGACCUCGAGGGCAAGAUCGACGCCAGGCUUAAGACGCUUUACAACGCACAGCUGUCCGCUGCGCACAAGUCCGGUAUCACGUCCUUCAGCGAUGCAGUGUCCGGUGCUGUCAAGGCUGGUCAGAAGUCCGGCGCCGCCUACGAGUUCGCCGAGAUCGUCGCCGAGGAGAAGAAGAAAACCCUUGAACUUUUCAAGACCGAAGCUGAGAGCCUUGCGAUUCCGGGCGUGGCGUGGUCGAACUUCAAGUCGCAGUACGUGCUGUUCGAGAAGGAACUCGACGAUGUAAGCGGCAAGCUGCGCAAAGAGGAGAUGCGUCGGUUGGCUACGAGAGUAGAGCGAUGGGUCAAGUCUCGAUUGGGUGAUGCCAUUGGGCUCGAAUUCAACAAGUUGGGCUCCGGCAGGGCUGGAUCGGGUGCGCCUGAGACGGGUGACAAGCCCUCAGAGAAGGACCUCUGGGACCGUAUCUGGACUGUCUUCGUCGAUAUCGUCAAGGAUGCUCAGAGCAGGUUUACCGACCGUGCCAAGAGCUUCGAGGCUACCCAGGAGGAGGUUGACAUUGGUCUCUGGCGCCUCAGGCGCAAGAGCUGGGUUGCCCUUCGCGAGAAGAUUGAAGAGGAGGUGAUGGAGGGCAACAUUCUGUUGAAGUUGAGGGAAAACUUUGAGGACAAGUUCAGAUAUGAUGAGGCGGGCGUGCCCAGGAUAUGGCGACCUACCGACGAUAUCGAGGGCAUUUACACAAAGGCGCGCGAGUCUACACUGACUCUCAUCCCUCUGUUAUCGAAGUUCAAGCUGUCAGAGAGUCUCAGCCCUCCCGACUUGCCGUCUUGGAUCGGUGGACAGCCGCGCGGUGUCGAGGCCAGCGAUGAGGAGGAUCUUACUCCGAUUGGCGGCGUUGAUGAAGAGGACGGCAAGAGUCUCGAGGAGGAGAUGACGGUCCUUAGCGAGAGCAAGCGCCAAGACCUUGUCAUCAGAUUCAAGAAGACCGCGGAUGGCGUUUACGUCGAGGCCAAGCGCAGCGCCAUUGGCGGUGUUGCUCAAGUGCCCCUGUACUUUUAUGCCCUGCUCGUUGCCUUGGGAUGGAACGAGAUCGUUGCUGUCCUGCGCAACCCGUUCCUCUUCAUUUUCCUCAUCUUGUUGGCUGGAGGCACUUACGUCGCCUACACGCUGAACAUGCUCGGUCCUAUGUACCAGAUGGCCAAUGCGGCGGCCAACCAAGGUGUCGAGAUUGGCAAGCAGAAGUUGCGGGAGUUCAUUGAGAACUCGGACACAGCCCGCCAGGCGCUGGCCAUGCCCUCCCGACAAGACAGCUCCAUCAGCAUGGAUACGCUGGACAGUCGAGGCAAGAAGAAGGCCUCGGAAGACGAUAUUGAUGACAUUUAG